UUGACAGUGGUGCACGUGCGCUCCAAUUAUUAACGUCAUUGUUACGAUAAUGUGUUAGAUAUAAUAUAUAAGAAACAAUUAUUCAUACAAAACAUAUAGUGCGUACAGUUAUUAUAAGUAUAGUGUCCAGAGAAAGUGAUCCUCAUUUGAUCUGUGCUACUUGUAACGGUUAUUUAGCGGACUGAAUAUUUGCUGGUUGGUGUUUUUUGUAUACUUAAAUAAUUGAACGGACAAGAAAGACACGUGUGAAUUGCGGAAGUGUUACAUAUGUUAUGUGAAAUUUGUACCUACUUUAGUUAUUUUGAGAAGUUUUUAUUUUACAGACAGUGACUGUUGUGUGUGCCUACCUAGUGUGAAUAUGUUGUGUUUCAAGCUAUUUAUAUUAAGCACUUUUAACUUUUCUAAAUCUAAAUAAAUCUAGUGAACAUUUUGAUAAUAAAGUUUUUGUAUGGACUAGAACGGCUUCUGAUAGUACUCAAGAGCAGGAACCAAGUGCCAACAACUUUUCUGCAGGUGUUAGAUUAGAGACGUGAUUUGCAAUGGAUAUUCGAUCUUUUUAUAGCACUGAUAGAGUUCCAAUAAAAAAAAAAUGUCUGUUUGACGAACGCAAUAUGCUCCGUGCACUAAAAUGGCUCCAUCGUAUCCAAGAUGGCGGCAUCGCCAACCAGUUCUUCAUGGCGUUUAUGGUGACCGUACCGGUAUUGAAUUUCGGUAUGCUGAUGGGAUGGCAGUCCCCUAUGACUCCCAUCCUCCAGUCCAAGGAUGGACCGGCUCCUGAACCGAUCACAGACGAAACCAUAUCCUGGAUGGCGUCCAUCACUUUCUUCCCUCCUAUAUUCUGCGGCCUCCUCGUUGGUGACCUGGCCGACAGAUGGGGCAGAAAGAUCACCACACUCCUCACAUCUCUCCUGCUAACCAUAAGUUGGAGCAUAACUCUGUUCUCUCUAACCCCAUGGGCUCUGAUACUAUCCCGGGGAGUGGCGGGGAUAGCUUGCGCAGGAUGUUACGUGGUCACACCAUUGUAUUUGAAGGAGGUAGCUUCAGACAAAAUUCGCGGCGCUCUGGGCUCUCUCUUCAUACUGUCACAAAAUUUCGGCUAUCUGGUGGUGUACGUGGCUGGAGAUAUAUUCUCCUUCAACUCUGUGCUUUGGCUCUGCACCGCUAUACCUUUCCUCCACAUGCUGUUGUUCCUUGGAGUUCCGGAGACGCCCGUGUACCUCAUCAAACAAGGAAAGGUCAAGGAGGCGAGAGCAACUCUAGCCUGGCUGAGAAACACGUCGCUUGAUGACAAAAACUUACAAGAGGAGAUACAACAGAUGGAACGAGAAGAGGAACACGCCAAGUCCGUCCAGAAAGCCACGUGGCGUAGUCUGGUCAAGGACAAGACGACCUUCAAAGCGUUCAGGCUAUCUAUGAACGUGAUGUUAUCACAAGAGACCUGCGGAUAUUUGGUAGUGCUCAUGUACGCGGGCUCCAUCUUCGAACAGGCCUCCGAGUCCAUCCAUCUUAAGUUGAGCCCCAACAAGCAGACUAUCGUCGUCGGUGCUAUACAGCUGCUGGGGUCAAUACUGGCUAGCUGCAUCGUAGAAAAGACUGGCAGGAAGUGGCUGUUGGCAGUGACGUCAUUCAUAACGGGUCUUUCAAUGCUGGGUCUGGGCGCGUGGUUUUUCCUAACAUCCUAUUCAAUAUGGCUGCCGGGCUGGUUUCCGGUGGCGGCCAUGUGUUGUUGUAUAUUCGCUGAUGCGGCUGGAUACCAGCCCGUACCUUAUGUUAUUACCUCCGAGCUGUUUUCUUUUCAGCAUCGUGGUAUGGUGACAUCGUUUGUGAGUAGCGUCGACGCUUUGAGCGACUUCCUACAAACAAAAGCCUACGACCCGCUGCUCAAGCUGCUGGGGAUACACUGGGUGUUCAUAAUGUUCUCUAUAGUAUGCUUCGCUGGCACGACAUACACCGUGCUAUACGUACCAGAGACGAAAGACAAAACUCUAGAGGAAAUAUACGCCAUCUUGGACAGGAAGAAAGACAAAAGGAAAGACGCAGAGGCGGGAAAGGGUUUAGAGAUGAGUAGAUUAUAACGACUUAAUAAAUGUACUUAACGCUUAGCGGGCAUGUUGAUAUUUUUGUAAAAAUAUAUACAUUUUGAAUACUUUUGAUUGUGCAAUUGAUGUGAAUCUUAUUUGUACUGUGAUAAAGUCGAAAUUACUUUAUGUUACGCUAGACCUAUUCACCCCGAUUGUGAUAUUUAUGACGAAUUCUAUAAGGUAUUAUUAGUUUUAAGAACAGAUUAUAUUAAAACUUAAUUUA